UAACAGACGCUAACACUUGCGAAAGGGCCAGUUACGAAAACUUAGUUAAACACCCUUAUAUCAAGCCAAUAAACACUAAUAGCCGACUAGACACUUAUUUGAAGCCAGACGGCCAACCAAG